CACAAUGACCCGCCUACAAUUUGAAACACUAAAACUACAAAAAGUGUUCUCUGUUCACUCUCAGCUUCAGAUCGCACGGAAUGUUGAACUGCGCUGGUUGUUGGAUCAGCUGUGUCAUACGGAAGGUGUCAAUGAAAUUGAUUUACGUGUACUUGGGGUGUCAGCUGGUCAGCUGUGUCAGCGCCCAGACCGUUGGCUGUAACAACACUGUACAUGCCAACGGUACAAUGACCUAUCAACUCCCAAAGCCCAUGCCAGGAUCGCCCUCAACCUGUGUAAGGCAGUGGUUGGAUGGAAAUGGCACUGUUCUCACCAAUGAUGAUGACAUAGACAAAGAUCGUGUUCUGGUUCAGACCAGUCAAUCUAUUACCAUCAUAGGCUGCAUGGACAGGCUGAAGUACUUAGAGGAAUGCACACUUAACAAAACGAAUUCAAAUCGCAAAGUAGAGUGCCUUAGGAACUGUAUUGUGAAGCCAUUUGACCAGGAAUCCAUUGAACCAGAGCACAAAAUAUGUUUUGGUGUUAGGUGUGUAUCAGGGAUAACAUUUGGGCUUACCUUUGGAGUAUCAGCUGCUGUCGUCAUCAUCAUCCUGGUUCUCCUUAUUCGCUACAAGAUCCACUUAUACCGAGUGUGCAUGUUUGUUGGACAUCGGUUGAAUGGGACCACUAGAGAACCCUCUCCUGACACAGAGAAGCCCCAGGGCCACCCUGCUCCCACUGUCAACUACUCCGCUGUGAACCAGUAGGCAACAGUGAUCAUGUGAGAAGGAACCAGGGGGUGAAGGGAAAGAGGGGGAGAGAGAACAAUAUGUGGGAGGUUCAUUUGCUUUGGGUUCACUUCCUGGCCAGAGUCGUCAUUGCAAAUUAGAAAAGGUUCUCAGCCGGCGAACCUGAUCACUUCAAGGCAUAGUUUGGGAUGUUGUCAAUGAAGCCCUUUAUCUACUUCCCCAGAGUCAGAUGAACUUGUGGAUACCAUUUUUAUGUUUAUGUCCAGUAAGAAGGAAGUUAGAUUUGGCUUGCAAAACUACCUCUAACUAGUGUUAUCACAAUGACUGGAAGUCUAUGGGAACCGCACUAAAGAGACCACCUACACAAAAGAGAAAACGCUAACUCACUGUGGAAGCUCUUAUUACAGCUACACCACACACAAGUCAUAACUGUCUAUUAGUUUAAUGUUUUUACGUAUUUAAAAAAAUAUAUAUAUUUUAAUGUGCUUGGAAUAUGAGGUGGCUGUCAUUUUACAUUAUGAGAACAUAUUGAUCUCUUGCUGUGGAAGCUAAUGUGUCUUGGCUCAGAAGCGCACACACAGAAAUUCACAUCUCUCCAUCCACUCCCUUGUAUAGUGAGCAGUGUAGAUGGACAGCAUUCCAUUUCACUAUAUUCCUUUGGCAGUUUCUGCUGAGUCACUCAUCCUACUUCGUAGUGUAAUGCUACAACAGAAAUACAGUAACUCCUCUCCCGCCUUCCCUUCUGGCACUCUGGCAUGCCCUUACAAAUCCUCCAACUCCUAUAACUUGGCAUUACCCCCUAGCUAGCCCCUGACCCUUAAGGUUUGUAGAGGAUUUCAAGCUUAAGCAAAAUGUCACCUAGCUUAUCAGAGGGCCAUGUUACCAUGUGCACUUACAUUUAUUGAUUCUUCAUAAGAAUUUCGACUAUUUUAUAUUAAUAUAUCUUAAAAUACACUAUAUUGUAUAAUUGUAGUCGUAUGUACUAUUGCAGUAUGUAAUUUAAAGUAUUUACCUAAUUCAUUAUGGUCAAUGAGUUGGAAUGUGUUAUUUCAGAGUUGAUAGUGCCUACAGUAUUGAUUAGGCAUAGAGUACUGUAUUUAAUCUGUUCUGAAUACUGUUGAUCUAGUUGCACUUACAGGCAGGCUAUACUGCCUGUCAAACCCAUUUAGAAUGCUGUAAGACAGUUACUGUGAUUUAGUCAUGUGAGACUAAAGGAAGAAUAUAUAGAUAUUUUAGUUGUCCUUAUUUCAUGUGUGAUAUCCAGAUCUCUUUGCUUUAUAACCCGAUUCAACAGCUUGUAUUAAAACAUUGUUUCUUUGUUCUUCCCUCAGUCAUGUCUCAUUUUCCACUGUACAUUGUUUCAGUUAUUACAAGAAGUUGGUUUGUCAGCCCAAGAGGGGGGUUUUCUAGUCAUAAUGUUGAUUAAUGAGCACUGUCCCUGCAUCUGGGUUAUAUUAACAUCUAGUCAGCACAAAGAUGUACUACUUCCUUAAACUUAUGGGAAUAAACCUCAAAAUAAAUGAUCAAAGAAAUCACAAUUUGGACCUUUUACAGCAAAAAAACAUUUCAAAUGGAAAAGGGGCAUGAGUCACUCAAGUCUACUUUUUCCCUGGAUAUUUUUUUGCUGCACUUGACUGAUACAAGCAGUCCUUUUGCAUAGCCAGAGAAGUCCUUACAUGACAAGUCAAGGUUCAGAUAUUUGAAAUGUAUUUUUGAUCAGCUCUGUCACAGAGCCUCUGUGCUGCAACUGUUUCUUGAGUCUGACCAUUUAAUGGUCAUCAGAGGCAUUUUCAUUUUUAACUUUUGGACUUCCUUGUAAACAUUUGUGAGGGAGAGUUGUUUACUCAAAAACACACGCCAUGUUGUGGAAAAUGCAGAUAAAUCUCAGCUUCUGUCUGUUCUUCAUACUCAAAAAUCUCCCCAAGGGACCUUGUGUAAGAGUUGGCCAGCUUCGUAGGAGACGAUCGGCAGCUGGAUGAAGAGAGAGCCAUCAUGUGCAGACAUGUCGCAGAAUUUCACGCCACUCAAUGUCAAAGGCAAACAAAUGCACGCAGAUACUGAGAAGUGGCUGUAGAUCUUUAAAACAAUUGUCUCUAUAUCCACUGACAGCUGAUCGCAGGCGUGCUUACAGGUAUUAUAAGCUAUGUGAACUGGGCAAUUAGCUUUCAGAAUGCGAUUGUUGGCACUGCUCAAUAACUGGUAAACGGAGUGGUGUUUUCCAAAGUUGACAUUGGCAUUAUCUGCUGCAUAGGGCUGUGAUGUGUCUAAUAUCCAGUUCAUGCUUUUCCAGACAGUUCAUCAGAGCUUGAUGUAUGCCAUUUGCAGUUUCAUCACUGUCUUCGUAAAAGUCAAGUAACCUGCACUGCACACCAUCAGACAGAGAAAUAUCUCACAGCACACAGGAAACAUUUUCCUAUUUCCCUUGUUUGAGGCAUCACUGGCAACUGAGAAAUACACGGGCUCACCUUCCGUCAGGGACAGAUCAUCCAAAAUAUCCCGCACAUUCUGUGGUCAUUGAAACAUUCAUUGUAAUCAUCUCAGCAUUCAUUGUAAUCAUGUUUCGUUCUUCCCAAGUGCAUCUUCACAACAUUUGAGUCAUGAAACAAAGCGCCGUUGAGCUUAACGAGACAGUCAGUGAUGUUGUAGUCGAGUCCGUGUUUAACCAUAUGGUACACAUACGAGGCUUCACUUGCCACGAUUUUGUCAUUUCCCGCAGUAGACGUCACGAAGAAUGCACCGAUAUUGCUAGCACCUUUUAGCUAGUGUGGCCGCCUUGUGCAUUUCUGUGGAUGCAAGCUGAGUUCGGUCAUUCUCCCCUCCAUGGUCAAUUGAGAAUUCCCGAAGGCAUUAAUUACAGAAAGCUUUCAUCGGGUCACCACUGACGGGCUUAACCCACGUAUUUUGUGCUUACCAUUGUUUGUUGUAGCUGUACAGUUUCUUUUUUGCAGGUUUAUCCAUAUUUCCUUGAUAUGCCAAACCGACCGAAAAACAACAGAAAUGUCUACAGGAAUUGGUGCGUUUACACUAUACUGUGAUUGGAUGAAUAUACGGGACACGGGAGGUCCCGUAUUGGAUCAACCAAUUUAGCCCAAUAUAAGGUACAUCCCGGCUAGUACGGGACAGUUGGCAAUCCUACUGGCCCAUGACAUGACUCACAGGGGCAACAUAAUCUAAAACCUCGGUGACAGUAUGAUCUCAUAUCAUUCCCGCCGCCAUAAAAACAUUGACACUCGCCUGAUAGUUACAUAAUUGGCUGAACGACAUAGGACGCAUUAACACUUGCCUUCUAUGGGCUGGGAUAGCGCAGCAGGAAUUCCAUACUAAAGAGCACAAUAGAAAGCGGUUCACUCGCAGCAGAACGCAGUGAACAGACAAGCAAUCGCUGUUGUUUUCUAUGUCUGUGAUAAAUAGGCCUCAGGUUUUAUUUUGGAACUUCUGUCCCAUGAAAUAAACUCAGUCUGUCCUUGGUUAUUAUCACAUGACUACAAUGAUUCAUUCUGGCGUGAUUGUGUCAAUCUUAUAUCCGCAUGGUAAAUUAUAGGCUACAUGCCCUACCUUAAACUACUCAGGAACUGUUCAGGAACUCUUGAAGUAACAGAACUACCUGCAAAUUGAAGUCACUAUCGUUAAUUCCUUUUUUUCAACCAAACAGCAUUCUUGGUUUGCUGAGGUAUUGGACUGUAUACAUGUAACUCAAAUCCAUAGAUGUAUGUUUUAACCGUAUUUUGAAGCUAAGUUUGUUCAUUUACAGAGACUAUAUUAUUAAUAAAGUCGCCUUAAACAA